CGGUACCACAGAACGAACCAAAAUGUCAGUUCAAUCGUUUGUAAACAAAAGAAAAAAGACCUUUAUCGGUCUACCGGCCCCUCUUGGUUACGUCCCUGGUCUUGGAAGAGGUGCCACUGGAUUUACCACCCGUUCAGAUAUUGGUCCUGCCAGAGAUGCUGAUGAUAUACCUGAAGACAGACAUGCACCACCAAAUAAAAAGAACAAACAAGAUAAAGAGGAAGAUGAUGAAGAUUUGAAUGAUGCUAACUAUGAUGAGUUCUCAGGUUAUGGUGGAAGUUUGUGUAGCAAAGAUCCUUAUGACAAAGAUGAUGAAGAGGCUGAUGCUAUAUACGAGGCUGUUGAUAAAAGAAUGGAUGAAAAACGGAAAGAGAGAAGAGAAGAAAAGCUGAAAUUGGACAUUGAAAAGUUCCGUCAAGAGCGUCCUAAAAUUCAGCAGCAGUUCUCUGAUCUAAAGAGAGAUUUGGCUGGUGUAUCAGUUGAUGAGUGGAACAACCUACCAGAAGUUGGAGAUGCUAGAAACAGGAAACAAAGAAUUGGAAGGACAGAGAAAUUCACACCAGUACCUGACAGUGUUUUAGCUAGAGCAGCAUCACAAAACAGCAUGAAUUCUUCAAUAUCAGAACAGGACCAGAAAUAUGGAGGAAUAACAACACCAUUUGGAGCUAUCACUCCACUAGGCUCUGCUACUCCAAGUGCUGACAUUGACAUGAAAAAAAUUGGUCAAGCCAGAAAUACACUUAUGGAUAUAAAGCUAACACAGGUGUCUGAUUCAGUCAGUGGACAAACAGUGGUUGACCCUAAAGGUUACCUAACAGACUUACAGAGUAUGUUACCCUCACAUGGAGGAGAUAUUAAUGAUGUGAAGAAAGCUCGUCUUUUAUUGAAGUCAGUAAGAGAAACAAACCCUAAACAUCCACCAGCUUGGAUUGCAUCUGCUCGUCUUGAAGAAGUGACUGGAAAAAUUCAAGCAGCAAGAAACCUGAUCAUGAAGGGUUGCGAGGAAUGUCCUAAGAGUGAGGAUAUCUGGCUAGAGGCUGCUCGUUUGAUGCCAGGUGAUCAAGCUAAAGCUGUUGUUGCACAAGCUGUCAGGCAAUUGCCUCAGUCUGUCAGGAUCUGGAGCAAAGCAGCUGAUCUGGAAACAGAGCUAAAAACUAAAAAAAGGGUCUUCAGAAAAGCUCUUGAAAAUAUUCCCAACUCUGUGAGGUUAUGGAAACAAGCUGUUGAGCUUGAGGAUGAAGAAGAUGCCAGAAUUAUGCUGAGCAGAGCUGUAGAAUGCUGUCCAACAAGUGUAGAGCUCUGGUUGGCGCUGGCAAGAUUGGAAAGCUAUGAAAAUGCCAGAAAAGUUUUGAAUAAAGCCCGUGAGAGUAUUCCAACAGACAGACAGGUCUGGAUCACUGCUGCUAAACUAGAGGAAGCUAACGGCAACUCACACAUGGUAGAAAAAAUUAUCGAAAGGGCACUAAAUUCACUGCGAGCCAACAUGGUUGAAAUCAACAGAGAACACUGGAUAAGAGAUGCUGAGGAUUGUGAGAAAAGUGGGAGUAUCCACACUUGUCAGGCCAUCAUACGUUCAGUUAUUAGUGUUGGUAUUGAAGAAGAAGAUAGAAAACACACUUGGAUGGAAGAUGCAGAUUCAUGCGCAUCCCACCAAGCCUACGAGUGUGCAAGAUCUAUUUAUGCUUAUGCUUUGUCUGAGUUCCCAAGUAAAAAAAGUAUUUGGUUGAGAGCUGCCUACUUUGAGAAAAAUCAUGGCUCAAGAGAAUCUCUAGAAGCAUUACUACAGAGAGCAGUUGCCCAUUGUCCUAAAGCAGAAGUUCUGUGGUUGAUGGGUGCCAAGUCAAAGUGGUUGGCAGGAGAUGUGCCUGCAGCCAGAAGUAUACUCGCACUCGCUUUUCAGGCCAAUCCAAACAGUGAGGAGAUCUGGUUGGCUGCUGUUAAGCUUGAGAGUGAAAACAACGAGUUUGAGAGGGCUCGACGUCUACUUCAGAAAGCCCGAACCAGUGCUCCAACUGCUAGAGUGUUCAUGAAGUCUGUCAAGUUGGAGUGGUGUCUUGGAGAAAUCAGAAACUCUGAAAUUUUGUUAGAAGAGGCCGUCAAACAUUAUCCAGACUUUGCUAAACUGUGGAUGAUGAAAGGUCAAAUAGAAGAGGAAACAGGAAAAAAAGAAGUUGCCAAGGAAGCUUACAAUUUAGGUUUGAAGAAAUGCCCUCAAGCUGUUCCCUUAUGGCUCUUACUGUCUCGACUGGAGGAAUCCAAUAAACAGCUGACAAGGGCAAGGUCAAUUUUAGAAAAAGCCAGGUUGAAAAAUCCACAGACAGACCUUCUCUGGUUAGAAGCUGUAAGAGUGGAAUUGAGGGGUGGAUUAAAAAAUAUUGCACACACUUUAAUGGCUAAAGCACUUCAAGAGUGUCCGAAUUCGGGCAUACUGUGGGCAGAAUCUAUCUUCAUGGAGCCACGCCCACAAAGGAAAACAAAGUGUGUUGAUGCUCUCAAAAAGUGUGAACACAAUUCUCAUGUUUUAUUAGCAGCCUCAAAGUUGUUCUGGUGCGAGCGUAAGAUCAGUAAAGCACGUGAUUGGUUCAAUCGUACAGUUAAAAUUGAUCCAGAUUUGGGAGAUGCUUGGGCUUACUUUUACAAGUUUGAGUUGGCUCAUGGGGAUGAGAAACAUCAGGAAGAUGUAAAACAACGAUGUGUUGUUGCAGAACCACACCAUGGUGAAAACUGGUGUCAAGUAUCAAAAGACAUUCGUAACUGGCGCCUCAAGACUGAGGAGCUUUUGCCACUGGUUUCCAAAAUUCUCCCUGUUCCCACGUAAUCUGGCACAUCUUGAUAAUAGCUAUUACAGAUUUCUGUACUUUUAAAAGAUUUAUUUCAAAAUAGUUUGUAAACAAUUAUUUCUUGUAAAAAAUAUUUUUUUUAAGUCAGAAAUUUGUAAACAAAUACGUCACUGUUACAAUGACAGCCAAUAGUGUCAUUGCUUUAAUGUCACCAUCCAAUAAAGUUUUUUUUUUACUUUAAAA